AGUGACUGCUGUGCUUGAUAGUUUCAUACACUCGUCUUGGUCUUGUUUCUUGUACUCAACUUUGCUUUUGUCCAAUUGCUUUAACUGCAAACAAAGACAGUUCGGAUAGACCUUAGAUCAAACUUCACUCAUACAAUUCAAGCUUCUGUGCAUCCUUGCCACUCUUGCACCCUGCUUAUACCCCAGUGGCUUUUGGGGUGUGGGCUGUGGGGGGUAUGAAUGCAGCUCAGGGGCAGAUGGCCCUCAGCGUGUAGUUUAGAGGAGAAGCCAUUGGGGUCGUGUGUGGGAGACUGAACGAGCAGUGGAAGGGAGAGGUGAGGUGGAGAGACGAGAGUGUUCUGGAGGUAUGGGAUGCUGCAGUGUGACACAGAGACACACAGGAAUAGAUGAAGUGGGGCCUGAUGAGAUUGAACUCAUGGAAAUCAACAAUGCAGGGCUAUGGAGUCUUGCUGAAAGUAGGCUCCAAAAUUCCACACAAAAUGGCACACAUGAAGGUCCCAGUCGCUGCCCCUCUGUCGGGCACCUUAAGAAAGAGGACCCAGAUCCUUUCUCUGCAAGGGAGCUGAAACAGCGCCCCAAUUCAAAAACAGUGCUUUGGGGAUGGACGAAAGAGGAGCUCCAUCAUAGGCUGUACACUCAACCAAUCAGAGAAUGGGAAGGGCAGGAUCCACACACCUAUGGAGACAUUAUCCACUCAUCUUCUGUGUAUUUACACAGUGGAUACACAAAGGCUAUGAGUGAACGAUAUCUGGUUUUAUUUUCCUUCCAUCUGUUAAUCCUUGCUUUGGACAGCUCUAAUCAUGAUUUUAUUUAUGAGGGCAUUCUUCCUCUCUCGGCCAUUGAGGUGCGUCUGAUCUCUCAACAGAACCUCAGUUCUCCACAUACUUUUGAGAUUAGCGGUACUAUGGUGGACUCAAAGAUCUUCAUCUGUGCAAGUGCUGCUGAAUUAAAAGCCUGGAUGGAGAACAUUGAAGACAGGAGAUACAAAUGCCUGAGGCAACUGAGCCCCCGCCAUAGUACUCUCUCAUAUUUGGUGCCAUGUGAUGAGAGCUGGAAAAGGGAGGAGCUUAAAAGAUAUUUACUGCGGUCUCCCAUCUUGCAAUGGGAGGGGACGCCAAUUCAGCACAUGGGCUAUCCAAAAUACCUUUCACUGGUACACAUCAGCAACGUAUGCUCACAGGACCGGGUUUUGCAGGGACCUCAGGAACGCUUGCUUGUGCUCUUUCCAUUUGACCUUCUCAUUCUGUCUGUUGACUGUCAACGCGUACGAGUAAAAUAUGAGGGUCGUCUGCCACUGAAGAGCAUUAAAGCCUUUGAAAAAUCUGCACUGCCUGGCAGACUGAAAUUUGAACUCAAAGGUGAACUGAUGGAGCCUCUGCUAAUCUCCUGUGUUUACCCUGAGGAUUAUCAAAGCUGGAUCUUCCAGUUGCAACAGCCUGAUAAACUGGCAGAGUCAUUGCCACGUCACACCCCUCCACCUCUCAUACCAAAAAAGCGCAGAAGUUAAGGAAGAUGUGAAGGAUUGGAAUCCAAAUGAAUGUGACCAGAGUCUCUCUUUGACCUGCUUUUGAUGCCACGUUACAUAAAAAAUACACCAAGCAUUCAUUGUUCCAAAUGAAUGCUACUGAUGACAAAUUAACCUUUCAUUGUAUUUUAUUCCUUUGGAUGUGUUAUGUUAUACUCAUAUAAGCAACUCAUUAUCAAUAGCAAGGAAACAGAAAAGGUAAUUUUGUUAGACAGUAGUUAGUACAGUAAAUUCUGUUUCUGUAAAUAUCUCAUUUUGAGUAAGGGAAUGGGAACAUGCACACUGAAGUGCAAAAUAUUGUAUAAUAUGAGGACCGAAUGUUUCUUUGAGAUGUAAUAAAUUGCUUUAAUUAGAUGACUUUUUAUAGAAGGUUUUUUUGUUUGUUUGUUUUUUAGAUUGAAUUUACUAAUGUAAACCCUAAGUUAGCAGAACAUAAUUUUUAAAAAAGUUAAUUCACUUCCAAGUUUAAGUUAAUAGAACGUUCAGGUUUUGAUUUUGCACUACACAUGCAUGUCAAAUUAUCUUAAUUUGAAAUACUGAGUAAGAUAAUUCAUUCAUUUGACACAUAACUUUUAAGUUAAUUCUUUGACUGAACUGAACACAAACCAUAAAAGCUCAAUUUGAACACCUCAAGUAGAGGUAAUGUUACUAGCUAGUGCUUGCUAGAACAAGCUAACGCAGUUAAUGUUAGCAUGCACAUUUUUAAAUGCUAUGCUUUGAUCAGAAUAGUAAUUACUCAAUGGGUAAAGCAAUGCACUGUGGAACAAUCUUAAAAUGUACCUGUCCUCAACCUAAGCUCAAGCUUCUCUGUUCCCCAUCAUAAAUCCUGACUGAUCACGGAACUCUGCCAGGCCCCCCCUGUGAAAAAAAUCCUGGCAUCCCUGCAUUAGGGUUAACAGUGACAAAGGACUAUUCGUCAGUGGCAUGUUUAUGGAUAUUAAUGUUUAGGAAUGAUCAUGUCCUCUGCAGAUAUGUAGCAUACUUUGUAUAAAUUAUUUCAAUACUCUCCUUCGUAAAGGAACUGUUUGCCCAAAAAUUAGUGCACCUGAGACUCGUAGUGACGGAUUAAUUGACAGCUGCUGUCAGACUCUAUGUUAUUAUUAUUCCUCACACGGUCGCAAGACGACAUGUACAUGAAUCUGGCGUGGUGAGCUGGAACCUGCUUACGUCAGCUGUCACCGCUUAUGUCACGAAGUACCGCAACAGCCAAUAGGAAAAUUCAACUGCAGUAGCCACCGUUCAACCUGAAGAGGGCAGCACUCAGACGUUUUUACACCAUAUAUUGUAGAAUUAAAACACUUUAUACACAAAUGUCAAAAAAAUUACUUGAAUCAAUGACCAGUACUAAUAAAGCCCCAUGCUUACAGAUCAUUAACUAAAAAAAGUUGGUUUAGGGUUUAGUUACCCUUUAAUAUCUUCUGAAGCUAAUCGAUAGGUUUAUGUGAGAAACAAGUCAAUAAUUAAAACAUUUGAACUUUAAAUUGGCUCUUCUAUUCAGGGCUCUUAUGAAGUUUGAAAUGGCCAAACUUUCAGGUGUCAUUUGUUCAUUUGUUCACUUCGUGUCAUCUGCUGGCAGGAAGUGCUUUUAAAAAUGUGAUAACAUUUUAAUUAUUGGUUUAUUUUUUACACAUACGUAUCAAUUUGUUUCAGAAGACAUUCAUUGAUCGACUGGAGACGUGUGAAUUACUUUUAUGCUGCCUAAAUAUGACUUUUUUGGACUGUUGAAGUGCUGGCACCCAUGUACUUCCAUUAUAAGGACCUGACAGAGAUCCAUCUUCUUCUAAAAAUCUUCAUUUGUGUUCUGCUGAAGAAAGAAAGUCAUACACAUCUGGGAUGGCAUCAGG